UCUUUGAAUUUUAGUGACACAGUGAUAGUUACAAGGGAGAGUUCCCAACAGGCCAAGAAUGACAGGCUUAGAAUAACAAGGCUUCAACUGUAGACUUAGAAUUACAGGCCACCGCAAUGUUGCUUUUUCGUGGAUCAUCCCUUAUCUACUACUGUAUCAUCAUAUCCUUGGCUAAAACUAGCACAGAGCUAGGGCUCAAUCCAAGUUCUCACAGAAACCAGACCAAACAUUUACCAGAACAUGCCUCGAGUAGUUCCUCUCCAAUAGAUGGAGUCGAAGGUGAGGGAAUAAAUUGCCGGGUGCCAGUUAAAAUUAAAUGUCAAUAUGGGGAGAGAUCUUGUCAAAAUAGAUGUGGAAAAAGUGUCGAAGGGGAACAAAUAAAACAGUUCUAUUGUCAAUGCGACAAUUUGUGUUCUCAUUUUCAAGAUUGUUGCCAUGACUACAAGGAACUUUGUCAAUGUGAGUCCAAUCCACAUUCAGAAAAUGAAAACGAAAAAAAUAUUUCUGAUGUAGUUCUACUAAAUACUACAACUGAUGGUUGCGUUACACUUAACACUACCACAGCAAAGGGCAAUGUUACACUUAAUAGCAAAAGUGAUGAUGGUGUAACACUAAAUAUGCUAGGACUGAAAAAUGAACAAUCAGCAAAUGACAACAUGAGGCAUAUUUAUGCGUGUGUUCCUGUGAGAGGAUAUAUACGUGUCUACCUUAUAGAUGUAUGCCACAUUGACUUUGAAGGAACUGCAUUAGAAAGAAAAUGUCAGACGUAUGGAGAAAAUGAGCUUCUUGGUGUCGCUCCAAGUUAUGAUCCAAUCACACAGCGACAUUAUAGAAAUAUAAACUGCGCAAAGUGUAACUAUGUUCAGAAAUCUGUUAUGUGGAAAAUGGAAAUAAAAUGUGAUGUUGCUAUCAUAAAUAUCAAGUUUCUUGAGUCAUUCGAUUUCAACACAGUAUUUGGUUUAAUCAAAGACAGGCUAUGCCACCUUGACUAUUUCGAACCCAAUGGCAGUGCUCUCGCGAGGCCAUGCAUUGAUACCUUAUAUGGAAAUGGAGGAACAUGUGUGAAUGAAACAGUUGGUGAGAAAUGUGUCACAUAUGGAAUGAAUCCUGUUGCUGAUUAUUUCGGAAUAUAUCACAAUGUUUAUUGCUGGCAGAGUAGGCAAUGGCAUGAUUACCCAAAAAUGGUAGAGCAACUAGGCCACCUAUGUUAUAUAGACUUUCCCAGCAAGUAUAAGAUUGACCCGACAAUUCUAGGAUUAUAUUCAUUUGAGAUCUUAAUAGAUACAAUCACUGAUAAUGAAAGGAAUAUCAUUGUUAAUCCAUUGGAUCCAAAUUUUGGGGAGGGAGAAUGGACAUGUACUGGAAGAGCUGGGUGUUCAAUAGCAAGAUGCCCAAGAGGGUUUCAAAAAGUUGCGAAUAAAUGUACAUUUAAAGAAACAUUAAUAGAUGUAACAGUUAAUGUGCAUUUUUAUUUCAAGUUUUAUGAUGUUUUGCGAGAUAAUAUUAUAUCUGCAUCAUAUCUAAUAUCAAGAGUAUAUGAGAGUCUUGGACCAGCCUGGCCAGAUAUGACAAAUAUAUACACGGGAAAAAUACCCUAUAAGCUUUAUGUACCACUUGGAUAUGAAAUUAGCAUGUCGGCAAAUAUUACAGAUAUCAUGGAUAAGAAGUUCCAAAAUCUUCAAAGAGUUUUCAAUGAAACAUUCAGUACAUACUCUAUGAAUAUGACAUAUUCGUUGCCUCCUAUGAACACACGCACAAGCAAAACACAGUCUGAGAAUGAGGUUGGUUCUAAAGACGUGCAUCCCAAAAAGAACUCUGUAAAUGCCCAGCCAAACAUGAAAUCCAGUUAUGCACUGGUAUUUGGCACCAUUAUGAUUGGAGAAAUCAUAAGAUCUUAUUUUCCAAGACAUUGAGUGUGAAUUAUCACGCUUAGACAUGUAGGACCAUGAUGGACCAUACAUAUAUGCUAACUGAUGCUCCCUCAGUUAAUUGAUGUACAAUCAGACAACUGUCAUCUCAAUUUGUAAGGUCAACAUCAGGGUUCACGAAAAAAAUAUGAUUAUUCAAUUUAACAUAAUGGCAUCAAAUCCAUUGCCCAACCUGUUUUUCCAAGAUUAUUGCCAAGAGUGAAAAGUGAUUGCCAUUGGCUAGAAACAGUGAUGACUAAGGUUGAUUAAAUAUGAUUGCCCGAUUUACCAUAUUGGCAUUCAGUUGAUUGCCCAAUUGUCAACUCAUUUUUCCAAGUUCAUUCAGAGUGAAAAGUGAUUGCCAUUGGCAGUGAAGCAGCUGUGAAUUUUAACACUGAAAAUGACUCUGAACACAAUUUCAAUAACGAAGCCAACAAAUGUCCUGCAAUUCUAUAUAAUUUAGAAUCUUGACUGCAUAGACCAAUCAAUCUAUCCCUUGUUGAUUCUAUAAAUUUAUGGUGUAAGACAAACUCUGAUUGGCUCGGUGAGAUCAGAGAUUU